AUGGCGGCACCAAACGAAAAGUACUUUUCGUCUUCUGGAAAGGGCAACAAACCUUACAUCUCUCACGGGUUACCAUUCCAUGAAGCUUGUAAGCAUCACGCCGAGAACACCUUUGGUGCUUUGCGGGUAUAUGUGGUGGUCUCCAGUUCCAUUAGCAAAACGCAGGCGUUUUCAGAUCUGCAGAAAACACUAGGCUCGCGUCUUACUGGCGUUCGGCAUGGCAUGGCACCACACACGCCGUGGAAGGACGUUUUCGAGGUAACUCGAGACAUUGUAGACAAAAAGUCUGAUCUGGUCAUUACAUUAGGCGGUGGCUCUUUGACAGAUGGUGUAAAGCUUGCACGUUUGUUUGCCGCCAACGGAAUCACCCACUUUGAAGACAUCCAAAGAAUACGUGAAAAGUGCAAGAUAUGGGCUCCACACCCUUCUGAGGAUGAGGUCAAGCCGGCCACGAUCCCCUGUAUCAACGUCCCAACGACUCUCUCGGGUGGCGAGUACACAAAAAUUGGUGGCGCAACAGACACGGAAGGCGACGGGCACAAGACUAUCCUCCAGCACGAGUCCAUGCUCGCCGAUAUCGUGAUCCUUGACCCGGCGCUGACUGUAUCGACCCCGGAGCGAUUCUGGCUGUCGACUGGCGUCCGCGGUGUGGACCACUGCUGCGAAGGUCUGUACGAGAACUUGCCAGAUGCAUCGCCCGAGACGAGUGCGGACCUGAUGGCGGCGCUCGAAAAGUUGCUCGUCAACUUGCUUCGUACCAAGGCCAGCUGGGAGGAUCCCGAGGCCCGCCUCCAAGAAAUGCUCGUGGUCAGGGAGUGCCCGCGCGCCAUCAACAAUGGUCUCGGUGCCAGCCACGGCAUCGGGCAUCAGCUGGGACCUCUGGGCGUGGGCCACGGUGAGACGAGCUGUGUCAUGCUGUCGCAUGUGCUCAAGUACAACUGGCAGCACGGCGAUGCCCAUGUCCGGCGCAAUCUCCAGCGAAUCAUUGACGUGUUCUGGAAGGAUCCCUCGAUCGUGGAUGUGCUCGAGGCACGGGGGCUCAAGAAGGAGAGCGCGGACCCCGGGGAUCUGGUCGGGGCCUUUGUGUCUGCGCUUGGCCUGCCGACCACGCUGGGGCACUUUGGUAUUGGUGAGGACAAAUUUGAUAGCCUGGCCGAGGUCGCGCUGCAUGAUUGGUGUACGGAAGAGAAUCCGAUCAAGUUGGACAAGGAACAAGUCUUGAGCAUUUUGAGGCUGGCGGCUUGA